AUGAGCAUCGCCUCACUUGGUGAUACAGGAGGUACAAAAAUCAAUGAGGGAGCAACGUCUUCUACUUCAUCACUUUUCGCUUCACUGAUGCUGCCAUCAUCUUCUUCCACAAUCCUACAAUGUUCAUACUGUGGAAGCUCUUUUUCACCCAAUCAAUUGCAGACAUGUCUUUUCUGUGGAACAGUGUCCUAUUGCUCCAAGGAGCAUCAGAGAAUCGACUGGGUCACCCACAAAAUGAUAUGCAAGUCAUUACAAACUCGAGGGAUGGUACCGAGUAAUCCGAUUCCUCAGCCAAUACCUGCCUCUCUUGCCCCAGUACCUCCAUCCGUUACUUUUGAUGAUUCUGCACUCACAACAUCACUCCUUCUAUCAUUACAACAUAAUCCAAUCAUUAGUCAACCGGUGCCAAAUUUUCAACCAACGUUCUCAAUUUUAACGAAUCCAGAACCAGAACCAGUUAUUCCAACUCAAAUACCACAAAGGAUAGAGAACCCAGCACCCGCAAUAUCAUUUAGUAGUCUAGGAAGUGCCUUCAAACCGUAUAGGAAUACCAACGUCUUCAAUUCCCUCUCAUCAGAAUCGGUUUCAUCCAUGUCCCAUGAAGCAUCGCUAGAACGUCUGUCAUCGGCUUCUUUGGCUCUUUUAUCAGCAAGCAGUACUGCACAAAGCGACCUUAAUCAAUUAGCUCAAGUUUUGAGUCUAGCUGGAGAUUCCGGCGCUUCUCUUGCCCCACUAGUCCAUCCGUCUACAGUAUCCCUCGCCGUUCCGACGGCCGCCGAUGAGCCAAUGAUGAUUGGAGGAGAGAGACUCAUACCAACUGAUGAUCCAGAUAUCCAGAUCAUUGAAACAGACGGAACUUCAUCUGCUCCAAAGCCACGCAAAAGACCCACACCAACCAGUACAGCUGACCCUAAGAUCGUCUACAAGGAUCACAACAAGAAUGUUGUCUAUUCAACCACCCUACAAGAACAUCAGAGACACCUUCAGAGUAGGGGAUUGGUAGUCAAUCUUCAUCAAGCUAUGGUUAUGAGAUUGAGGUAUAUCGCCGAACAUGUGAUCAGAAGUCUCAAUGAAUUCGGAUGGGCAGUUGUUGACAAUUUUCUGGGUUCGGAUCACUACAAAUACACAGCUAAAGAGAUCGAGCGUCUUUACGAAAGAGGAUUGUUCGGUCCUGGACAAGUGAUGGAAGGAAAGAAUAAGGACGAGAGUCACAUCAAGGAUAUUCGAUCCGACCAUAUUUACUGGUACGAUGGACGUGAUACACGUGCUAAGGAUGCUGCCACAGUUCGAUUGCUCAUCUCAAUGAUCGAUUCUGUGAUCCAACAUUUCAAAAAACGGAUCGACCAUAACAUCGGAGGACGUUCUCGAGCAAUGCUUGCUAUCUAUCCAGGAAACGGAACUAGAUAUGUGAAACAUGUGGAUAAUCCAGUUAAAGAUGGCAGAUGUGUCACUACCAUCUAUUAUUGUAAUGAAAACUGGGAUAUGACUAAAGACGGAGGAACACUCAGGCUUUAUCCAGAAACAUCGAGAACUCCAAUGGACAUUGAUCCACGUGCGGAUCGUCUUGUAUUUUUCUGGUCGGACCGUAGGAACCCACACGAAGUCAUGCCAGUGUAUCGUCACAGAUUUGCCAUCACCAUUUGGUACAUGGAUAAAUCAGAGAGAGAUAUGGCAUUGACUAAAGGAAAAGAAGGAGAUGGGGCGUGUACAUCAAAGAAAGAAAACGAUCCAACGAGCUCUCCUCCGGAUUCUGAUGAACUCGACGUUCCCCCUAGACCCAAGAAGGCUCCAAGCACUCACGAACUGCACAAACUCGAUCUUCGUAUGUUCCCAUCCACGUCUUCUGACCCAACUAUCAUAUCUGCAGCGUCUGAAGACAGAGUAGACUCGUGCAACGACUACCAAUCCACGUCUUCUUUGGCUCAUCCGGAUUCUACAGACUCCGGUGUCUCCUUGUCCACACUUCAAUCUCGUCACCACCAUCAUCAUCAUGAACGAAGAAACAGUAUUCAAUCGCUUUCCGAUGAUUACCGAUCAGAGAGAUCCAACCAGCGUCGUAGCUCCACAAGCAGUGAUCAAGAUCUGGAUGAAGACGAUCUUCCACCACCACCAACGGAUAAUCCAGAAUACAUUAUCUGA